UUGUAUGUUGGGAAUACGUCUAAAUCGCAGCCAGAGCAGACAGUUGUCCAUGUAAUUGAAAAGGAAACAUCGGAACAGUUGAAAGGACAAAUGGAACUUUUCAUCAAAAACAAAAAUGAACUUAUGUCAGCUGUUGAAAGAAAAGUUGAUCGCGAUUUUGUUGAGAAAGUAUUUAACAAGUUCAGAGUUAUCAUCAACGGAUUGAAUGAACGAGUGAAAGAGCUUGCAUCGUCUAUGGAUAAAUUCGCCACUCAAAAGGACGUUCAGACAGUUGCCGAAGUUUUGUCACAGACAGCAGCGAUGGUCGAAAAAUCAUCUACAAAACAAGGCAAACUUCCUGUUUCUAACUUCGGCGGAAGUGGAGAUUUCGUCUAUGGUGAUGAUGGUUCUGCAUUUGUUAAAGAAACUAAGAAAGAAUCAUCUGAAUUACCUCUUCUUCAGAAAUCAAAUAACAACAGAUAA